AAUUACAGAAGGACAGAAUUGAUUUUGUUUUGUCAAAGAGCCAAUGGAAACAGAAGAAAUAGCAUUUGAUACUGGGUCCGGCCUUCAACAGGUGUCACCUGUAUUCGAAACAUAUCAGAAGGCUCGUUUGCAAUUUGCUCAAUCAGUUGCUGAUCUUGCAUCCAAGCCAACAGCCAACGAAGCGCUAAAAACCGGAGGGGCAGUACCGUUAUUAUGCUCCUUAAUAUUCGAUGUGGUACCUGCAGUUCAGCGAACUGCUCUUUUAGCUUUAGGAAGAUUGUCCUCCAACAAUAUAAAAAUUGCAGAAGAAAUUGUAAAGAGGAACCUGUUGCCUCUUCUGAUAGACAGACUCAGAAAAGAAAAUACGAAUUUAUGCGGCGAUAGACCCACUGACGAGCAACUUUAUAAAAGUUCUGCAGCUUUCGUACUAAGAUCGAUUGCUAAACACAAUAAAACAUUAGCAGAAGCCAUAAUCGAAAAGGAUGGCCUCGAAGCAAUAAAAGUUUGCAUCAAAGAAUCGGAUCCACUGAUCAAAGAAUCUGCAAUUUGGACCAUAGCAAAUAUUGCCAAGCACUCAGAAGAUCUAGCAUGGAGUAUAGUAUCUGAAGAUCUUGGAUUUAUUCCGAUGCUAAUAAUUUCCUUAUCAGAAUACGACUUGCGUAUUGUCCGAGUGGCAAUCUCGGCCAUUUAUGAGAUCUCUAAACAUUCAGAACCUCUAUGUCAAUUACUAAUGCUGCACAAUGUGGUGCCAGCAAUUGAUCGCUUACUAGAUUGUGAAGAUAUUAAGUUGAAGCGUUUGCUUAUACCAACACUGACCCAAUUAAGUCGUCAUAGUGAUGAAUUAGCUGUUAAAAUAGCUACCGAGUCACGCUCUAUUGAGAUUGCAAUUAGAGAGUUAUCUCAUGAAAAUCCUGGAUGUCGCCGCAAUUGUGCAGUCUAUCUCCUGGAGUGUAUCAAACAUACCGAUGAAUUGACGCAGAGAACGAUACAAGCGGGUAGCAUAGCAAAGAUGGUGGAAUAUAUACAGACUCAUCAAUGUGAAGAUCGCAUUCCUGGUGUGAUGUUUCUAGGCAAUCUGGCUACAAAGAAUGACGAUAUGGCUAAUGCUGUCAUAUUUGAGCAGGGAGUGCUUGCACUUUGUACUUCACUGGAUACGGAUACAAAUCCUGAAGUCAGAGAAAUUUCAGCAUGGACUUUGGGAUAUCUUGGCAGUUAUAGUCCCAGUCACGCCGAAGCAUUAUGUGAAGCAGAUGCUGUAACUUUAUUAGCAGUUCUUGCACUGAAAUCGGAUACACCCGUCGAAGUAAAGACCAAAUGUACGAAAUCCUUAAAAAUGGUCCUGGAGCAAUGCAUGGAUCUCGAAACCUUGGAUAUAAUCCUUGCCGAUGCACCUAACGACAUUCUAAACAUGAUAUUAAACCAAUAUAUCAAAAUCUUGAAAGUAGAUGGUAAAGCUAGAAGUAGAUUUAUUACAUCCGGCUCGUUCAGGAGAGUUCAACAAUUGUCUGCGAAACCGGGUUCGGAAACUGCCAAGGCCAUACGAUCCAUUAAUUAUUGUUUUCCUCCCGAAGUGAUCCAAUACUACACAAGUGGCUACUUUGAAGAUCUGUUAAAAGAAGUCGAAAAUUUUCAACCUCCUCCAGAUCCUCACUUAAAUUCUCAUGAAAAUCGCAAAAGAUCUGAAGGAGGAGACAGUUCGGACGUUAUAUCGGAGUAAAUUUUUCACGCCUCUAUCAAAAUUUCGUCAAAAUUCUUCAAUGGCACCCCCAUUAAAUUAUUGUAGGAUUUGAAUUUUACAAGAGGAAAUCAUACUUACAGAUGUGAAAGUAGAAUUUAUGAAUUAUUCAUUAGAAAAUUAUAAAAAAAAUAAAAUAAAUCUACGUGCUGUUAUUGAUAG